UCAGUGCAUAGUCCUAUAAUAAGGAAAGCUACGUGCGUGAGUGACUCCAGCAGCUACAGUCGCUCCAACUUGUAUGAGUCCAUCCCCGGACACAGUGACACACUGAGAGGAGUCAUUGACGGACAGCAGUGGAUUGUCUGCUGCUGUCCUCCUCGGAUCCGCCGUGUGUCUGCGGACAGGCACCCGGAUGUGGCGAAAAUGUUUGGCGCUCCUCUCAGGGUCUGCUGCGCUCGGGAAACAUUUCAUGAUUCAGGCUGAAGGUUCGGCUCGGGCGCGCGCGUCGACUGCUCCUCCGGAUGAUGUCUCCAGCGAUGAGUUGGGUUUAAAGCGGAUUGUUUCAAUGUGGAUGCGAGGAUGCAAGAAGCAGAUGAACAGUGUGGAGGGGCACAGUAUGCCAGCAACAAAACGACCACUCCCUCCACUGAUGCCUCAGCCCUCUGGUCAGGAAGCAACACUCGCCUGCACCAGCUCCAUCCACCAGAGCAGCUGCAGGCUCCGGCCAGCACCGGCAAGCCAGUGGGCACUUCUUAUGGCCUCCUUGGGGUCAACAGUGGCAAUCAGGGUGUCGGUGGCACUGGCUCCAGUGUCAGCCCGGUUCUCGCUUGGCACGCCGCCAUUAGCGCCGCUCGCCAAGCACAGGGCGAUACUGCAAAGCCUGACACAGACUCACGGCCCUCAGUUUGCACCACUGGACCAGCUCCUGUAGGCUCACUGGCACAGAGGAAGAGGCAGCAGUAUGCCAAAAGCAAAAAACAAGGAGGAUCUACCAACAGUAGGCCACCCAGAGCACUGUUCUGCCUCACCCUCAACAAUCCGAUCCGCAGGGCCUGCAUCAGCCUGGUGGAGUGGAAACCAUUUGAUAUCUUUAUACUGCUGUCUAUUUUUGCCAACUGUGUGGCCUUAGCCAUCUACAUCCCCUUCCCUGGAGACGACUCCAAUUCUACCAACCAAGAACUGGAUAUCUGUUGA